AUGACGAGCAUUGACGACCUCUUCAAAAGCGCAAAUGGCUCGACAAAGCGCAAGUUCGAGAACCCAAACGAAGCCGACCCGACGCAAUCCUAUAAAUCCGCAAAACUCAAUGCAAACAACGACAUCAAGGGUCCAGCGCAAGCCUCGGUAGCCGACGAAGACGACGACGAGGCUGGUCCCUCAUUACCACCCGACUUCGAAGACGGACCCGGCGACGAUGAAGAAGGACGGUUCUUUGGCGAUGGCCUGGAUGAGAAUGCGCGGGACGCUAUGGAGUACAUUGACGCACAAGACGGCGACGAAGCGAUAGGAGAAGAGAGAUACGACGUACCGUGGGUACGUAAGUUGGCGCUCAACUUUGAAAAGAAGGUCAACAAGAACGCAUCGCUGCGCGCAAAGUACGAGAACGACCCGACAAAAUUUAUGGAGUCGGAAGGCGAUCUGGAUGAAGGCAUCAAGGCGCUCAGCAUACUGUCAGAGCAUCCGGAGCUAUACGACGAGUUUGCGAAAAGCACAGCAGCAUCCAAAUUAGUGGAUCUAUUGGCGCAUGAGAACACCGACAUUGCAAUCGCAGCGAUUGAGAUGAUAUCCGAACUCACAGACGAGGACGUUGGAGGAGAGCAAGAACAAUGGGACGCGCUUGUCACCGCGUUCAUGGACGCCGAUCUGCUCAGUCUACUCAUAUCCAACUUCUCCCGCUUUGAUGAAAGCGACGAGGCCGACGCAUCGGGCGUCUACAACUCGCUCAGCGUCAUCGAGAACCUACUGUCACAACCCACAUACACCGACAUAAUAGGGCGGGAAACGGCGCUACUAAAAUGGCUAUUAGACCGAAUACAAAAGUCCGAGAAACCGACAACGCAGAACAAACAAUACGUAUCCGAGAUCCUCUCCAUCCUUACACAGUCUUCGCGGCCAAACCGAAACCACGUAGCCGACGCAAACGGUGUCGAAACCUUCCUCACAAAUCUUGCGCCGUACCGAAGAGACGAUCCCGAAAAGGACAGCAAUGAGGAGGAGUAUAUGGAGAACCUGUUUAAUUGCCUAUCCUCCGUAACAGAAGAACCUCUCGGAAAAGCCAAAUUCCUAGAAGCAGAAGGUGUGGAACUCUGUCUCUUGUUCGUCCGAGACGGUAAAACAAGCAAGAGCCGUGCCCUGAAAGUAUUAGACCACGCUUGUGGCUACGCAGAAGAAAGCGCAUCACCACAAACCAACGGCAACUCAAAAGGCAAGGAAGUCGCACAAGAAGCCAUCAACAGCGCAACAGCCGUCUGCACCAAACUCAUCGACUCGCGCGGUCUAAAACCCCUCUUCAGCACCUUUUCCAAAUCAGCAACAACAAAAAAAUCCCACAACGAUCCCCAACAAACCGAACACAUACUCGGUAUCUUCGCCUCCCUCCUCCGCUCGCUACCCGGUAACUCAGACACCCGUUUCCGUCUCCUCGCCAAAUUUCUCGAAAAGGAUUACGACAAGAUUCAUAAACUAGUUUCCCUGCGCAGAGACUACGUUACUCGUCUUUCCGCUUUCGAUCAGCGAUUAGCGGAGAAGCGAAGAGCAUUAGGAUUAACUAGCAAAGAGGAACUGGAGAGCUAUGAGCUGGAGAAUAUUCCGGAGAGGUUGAGUGAGGGCUUGUAUUGUCUUGAGAGGAUUGAUGCGGUGCUGGCUUGGUUGGUGGCCGAGGAUGGCGGUGCAAAGAAGGCGAUUGAGAAGGCGUUGAGUGAAAGGGAUGAAGGGUUGGGAGAUGUCAAGAGGACUUUGCAGGCGCAGCUUGAUGGUGUGUUGGCUGUUGAACCCGCUGAGAGGGAGAUGUUGGAGACGCUCGUGGGAUUUUUGUAA